UCAAUUUUGCCAGUAAACAUUGACGAAUCACUAUAAAAGGCUUCGCGAAAAAAAAGGUUUUCUUUACUGUCUCUGUCUUCCAUGGAAGCCCUUGCAAGCUCAGUGUUUAUACCCAACUUACCAGACGCAUACCCAGUUGUCAAUACCUCAUGUUCUUGCUUGAGAACAUCGAAUAAGCGAAUUGGGUCACUGAAAAUCAGCGAGAGUGGUGUUUCUUCUGGGCUUCGCUGUCUAGCUCUAUCAAAGGAGGCUCCUGAGUCUGGUGGUGGUGGUGAAGGUGAAGAUGGGAAGCCAUUGGAUAAUGGGUUUGGUUCGUUUUCUGAAGAGAUUGUCUCUUCGUCUCAGGGUAAUUUAAAUCGCUAUGAAAGUAGUGAGAAGCAUGUACAUGAAGCACUAAACACGGAUGCGCCUCUUACAUCCCAAUGUGGAAGUGGUACUAGAGCUGGACUUUUUAGAACACCAAUCUCUGGUGGUGUGCAGAGUGCAACUUCAGCUCAUGGUUUACCUCGUCCAGCAUUAGCUGUUCGCAAUCUUAUGGAACAGGCCAGAUUUGCUCAUUUAUGCACUGUAAUGUCCCGAAUGCACCAUCGGCGAGAAGGAUAUCCUUUUGGUUCAUUAGUAGAUUUUGCACCAGAUUCAAUGGGCCAUCCUAUAUUUUCAUUUUCUCCAUUGGCCAUCCACACUCGGAAUCUAUUAGCUGAUCCAAGAUGCACACUAGUUGUGCAGAUACCUGGAUGGAGUGGCUUGUCAAAUGCGAGGGUGACAAUUUUUGGUGAUGUCUACCCACUUGAAGAGAAUCAACAGGAAUGGGCUCAUAAACAAUAUAUAGCAAAGCACCAACAGGGGCCUUCACAACAAUGGGGGAACUUCUACUAUUUCAGGAUGCAGAAUAUAAGUGACAUAUAUUUCAUCGGUGGUUUUGGCACUGUGGCUUGGGUAGAUGUCAAGGAAUACGAGGCCCUUCAGCCUGAUAAGAUUGCAGUUGAUGGAGGGGAACACAACUUGAAGGAACUUAAUGCACUCUUUUCAAAGCCCCUAAAAGAGCUGUUGUCCACUGAAAGUGAGGUGGAUGAUGCUGCACUUAUAUCCAUCGACAGCAAAGGAACAGACAUACGGGUCCGUCAAGGCGCACAGUUCAACGUACAGAGAAUUUCAUUUGAAGAUGGACAUUCGGUUGAGACAUUAGAAGAAGCAAAGGCUGCUCUUUGGAAGCUAAUAAACAAAGGACGAGUAUAUAAUUUGCAGAAAUAAAAGAGAAAAUGGUUUAUAAUGCCAUAAUGGUUUUGCUUACAAUCAGGCAAGAUGGUUGUUGACUUGUAAAAAAAAAAAAAAAAAAAAAAAGAGGGUCUGUUUCCUUUCAAAAUAAGUAAGAAUUAAGUCCUUUUUUUGUUUAACUUAUGGAAUUUGACAUGUAACUUUGAUAUAACUUAUAGGAAUUUUUAUUUGCUUAAUUUUAUUUAGUCCAAAAUGCAAAGAAUAAUUUUAUUUAGUAUUA